CUCUCCCCUCGCUAUUUACGCUUUUCUCCGCCGAAAGUCCCAAACGACGUCCUGCCCUCUCUCCCUUCGCCGCAAUUGAUGAGGAGGCGCCGCUGAUGAACCAGACGGCGACAAAUCUUGCGAUGGCCGCGGGUGGAAUCCGCACACAAGGAUUGAAAUAUUGUUCAUAGUAACUUGUGGUAUUCCCAUUCAUCAGUGCCGCCGCUCUUGAUUUCCAACAGCGAUAGAGUUGCAGCUGCCCAAAUUGGUCGAUGGAGUUGCCGCCUCCACUUAUUAGGUAGCUCUAGCAUCCCCUCAUUCAUGCAUGUCACCCAUCUUCUGAACAACCGAAAGAUACUCCGUAAAAAAAGAUUUUAAAAUCGAAGGAGGAUCCCGUGCCUCCCAUCUGCAACCGUUUAUGGAGAUUAGGAAAUAACAGAUGCAGACCGAGGUUUUAUACCCUAUGUCUCACAACGAUGAGUUGGCCCUUGAAGAUGGACAACCGUUGCUGGUUGAUGAAGGCCGGUGGAGGUCAUUGUUGUUGGCGUUCAACCAAUUGUUUAUCAUCUUCCUCGACAUUAAUAAGAUGUUUUAUUCCUCUUCUCCAAAAUUGAAGCAGGUGCUUGAGGUGCCUCAUCAGGUAAAGUAGUCCUACAUAGUUGGCCUCAUUCAAGAAAUCAUUUCCAUAUAUCUUGCAAGUUUUAUCAUAUGAGUUUCAUAAAAAAAAGCUAUGGCCCUCUUACAGUUGAUGUGCUCUGGUAUGAUAUGGGGAUAAUACAAUUCCUAUGGAUAAUUGAGAGUAUUAAACCAUUUAAGCCAAGCAUCGAAUGCAAUCUUCACUUGUCAAAAUAUCAUGACUAUGGCUAUGAGGAUGCAUCUAAAAAAGUGAAUUGGGGAAUCUGGUGGAGGUGUGAGUCUGGUGAUGGGAGGUUACGGCGAGGCAUUUCCCGCAAACUACUGAGGGUUUUGCACAUUUUGGUGAAGGGGCAAGAAAUUUUCUACUGAAAUAUAUAAAUAUGUUGUUGGAAGAUGGCCGUUACACAAUUUCUGUAGGUAAGUUCUAUAUAU